GUGCAACGUAGCUGGCGGCGGCGGCGGGCUGAUUCGGGGCUGCCUCCAGGAAGCGGGAGCACGGACUCCAGGGAGGCCCUUUUGCCCGUUCUGAGAUCCCAGGUGCAGCCCCGGAUGGAGGGACUGCGGCUCCCAGCCCCGUGAUGCUGGCCCCUGCAGGACCCGAGCACCGAGGCCCGAGGCCCCGGCGCGCCAUGCCGCUGCCCGCUCUGAGCCCACGGGCGCUCCCCAUGCUGCUGCCGCCGGCGCUGCUGCUGCUGGGGGGCAUCUGGGCGGCGGCGGGCUCGCCCCGGGCGGGCGGGAGCACGCCCCCCGCCUUCCGCACCUUCGUGGCCAGCGACUGGGGCCUCACCCACCUGGUGGUGCACGAGCAGACGGGCGAGGUGUACGUGGGCGCGGUCAACCGCAUCUACAAGCUGUCGGGGAACCUGACGCUGCUGCGCGCGCACGUGACGGGCCCGGUGGAGGACAACGAGAAGUGCUACCCGCCGCCCAGCGUGCAGUCGUGCCCGCACGGCCUGGGCAGCACCGACAACGUCAACAAGCUGCUGCUGCUGGACUACGCCGCCAACCGCCUGCUGGCCUGCGGCAGCGCGUCGCAGGGCAUCUGCCAGUUCCUGCGGCUGGACGACCUCUUCAAGCUGGGCGAGCCGCACCACCGCAAGGAGCACUACCUGUCCAGCGUGAGCGAGGCCGGCAGCAUGGCGGGCGUGCUGAUCGCCGGGCCCCCGGGCCAGGGCCAGGCCAAGCUCUUCGUGGGCACGCCCAUCGACGGCAAGUCCGAGUACUUCCCCACGCUGUCCAGCCGCCGGCUCAUGGCCAACGAGGAGGACGCCGACAUGUUCGGCUUCGUGUACCAAGACGAGUUCGUGUCCUCGCAGCUCAAGAUCCCGUCGGACACGCUGUCCAAGUUCCCCGCCUUCGACAUCUACUACGUGUACAGCUUCCGCAGCGAGCAGUUCGUCUACUACCUCACCCUGCAGCUCGACACCCAGCUGACGUCGCCGGACGCGGCCGGCGAGCACUUCUUCACCUCCAAGAUCGUGCGGCUGUGCGUGGAGGACCCCAAGUUCUACUCGUACGUCGAGUUCCCCAUCGGCUGCGAGCAGGCGGGCGUGGAGUACCGCCUGGUGCAGGACGCCUACCUGAGCCGGCCCGGCCGCGCCCUGGCGCGCCAGCUGGGCCUGGCGGAGGACGAGGACGUGCUGUUCACCGUGUUCGCGCAGGGCCAGAAGAACCGCGUGAAGCCCCCCAAGGAGUCGGCGCUCUGCCUCUUCACGCUGCGGGCCAUCAAGGAGAAGAUCAAGGAGCGCAUCCAGUCCUGCUACCGCGGCGAGGGCAAGCUCUCUCUGCCCUGGCUGCUCAACAAGGAGCUGGGCUGCAUCAACUCGCCCCUGCAGAUUGACGACGACUUCUGUGGCCAGGACUUCAACCAGCCUCUGGGGGGCACGGUCACCAUCGAGGGCACACCCCUGUUUGUGGACAAGGACGACGGCCUGACCGCCGUGGCGGCCUACGACUACCGGGGCCGCACGGUGGUGUUCGCUGGGACACGCAGUGGCCGCAUCCGCAAGAUCCUGGUGGACCUCGCGAACCCUGGUGGCCGGCCCGCCCUGGCCUACGAGAGCGUGGUGGCCCAGGAGGGCAGCCCCAUCCUGCGCGACCUGGUCCUCAGCCCCAACCGCCAGUACCUCUACGCCAUGACGGAGAAGCAGGUGACACGGGUGCCCGUGGAGAGCUGUGUGCAGUACACGUCCUGCGAGCUGUGCCUGGGCUCUCGGGACCCCCACUGCGGCUGGUGUGUCCUGCACAGCAUCUGCUCGAGGCAGGACGCCUGUGAGCGCGCCGAGGAGCCCCAGCGCUUCGCCUCCGACCUGCUGCAGUGCGUGCGGCUGGCCGUGCAGCCCCGCAACGUGUCCGUCACCAUGUCCCAGGUGCCGCUCGUGCUGCAGGCCUGGAACGUGCCCGACCUCUCGGCCGGCGUCAACUGCUCCUUCGAGGACUUCACGGAGUCGGAGAGCGUCCUGGAGGACGGCCGCAUCCACUGCCGCUCGCCCUCCGCCCGGGAGGUGGCUCCUAUCACGCGGGGCCAGGGAGACCAGCGGGUGGUGAAGCUCUACCUGAAGUCCAAGGAGACUGGGAAGAAGUUUGCGUCCGUGGACUUCGUCUUCUACAACUGCAGCGUCCACCAGUCCUGCCUGUCGUGCGUCAACGGCUCCUUCCCCUGCCAUUGGUGCAAGUACCGCCACGUUUGCACGCACAACGCUGCCGACUGCGCCUUUCUGGAGGGCCGUGUCAACGUGUCUGAGGACUGCCCGCAGAUCCUGCCCUCCACCCAGAUCUACGUGCCGGUAGGCGUGGUAAAGCCCAUCACCCUGGCCGCCCGGAACCUGCCGCAGCCACAGUCGGGCCAGCGUGGGUAUGAGUGCCUUUUCCACAUCCCGGGCAGCCCGGCCCGCGUCACCGCCCUGCGCUUCAACAGCUCCAGCCUGCAGUGCCAGAAUUCCUCGUACUCCUACGAGGGCAACGACAUCAGCGACCUGCCUGUGAACCUGUCUGUCGUGUGGAAUGGCAACUUCGUCAUCGACAACCCCCAGAACAUCCAGGCCCACCUCUACAAGUGCCCAGCCCUGCGCGAGAGCUGCGGCCUCUGCCUCAAGGCCGACCCGCGCUUCGAGUGCGGCUGGUGCGUGGCCGAGCGCCGCUGCUCCCUGCGCCACCACUGCCCAGCUGACGUGCCUGCGGCCUGGAUGCACGCUCGCCACGGCAGCAGUCGCUGCGCGGACCCCAAGAUCCUCAAGCUGUCCCCGGAGACGGGCCCCAGGCAAGGAGGGACGCGUCUCACCAUCACGGGCGAGAACCUGGGCCUCCGGUUUGAGGACGUGCGGCUGGGCGUGCGCGUGGGCAAGGUGCUGUGCAGCCCCGUGGAGAGCGAGUACAUCAGCGCCGAGCAGAUUGUCUGUGAGAUCGGGGACGCCAGCACCGUGCGGUCCCAUGAUGCCCUGGUGGAGGUGUGCGUGAGGGACUGCUCUCCCCACUACCGGGCCCUGUCGCCCAAACGCUUCACCUUUGUGACACCAACUUUCUACCGUGUGAGUCCCUCCCGUGGCCCUCUGUCAGGGGGCACCUGGAUUGGCAUUGAGGGGAGCCACCUGAACGCGGGCAGUGACGUCGCUGUGUCCAUCGGUGGCCGGCCCUGUUCCUUCUCCUGGAGGAACUCCCGGGAGAUCCGGUGCCUGACACCCCCCGGGCAGAGCCCGGGCAGCGCCCCCAUCGUCAUCAACAUCAACCGUGCCCAGCUCGCCAACCCCGAGGUGAAGUACAACUACACCGAGGACCCCACCAUCCUGAGGAUCGACCCCGAGUGGAGCAUCAACAGCGGUGGAACCCUCCUGACGGUCACCGGCACCAAUCUGGCCACCGUUCGCGAGCCCCGCAUCCGGGCCAAGUAUGGAGGCGUGGAGAGGGAGAACAGCUGCAUGGUGUACAACGACACCACCAUGGUGUGCCGGGCGCCGUCUGUGGACAACCCGACGCGUAGUCCCCCGGAGCUGGGGGAGCGGCCGGACGAGCUGGGCUUCGUCAUGGACAACGUGCGUGCGCUGCUGGUGCUCAACUCCACCUCCUUCGUCUACUACCCCGACCCCGUGCUGGAGCCCCUCAGCCCCACCGGCCUGCUGGAGCUGAAGCCCAGCUCCCCGCUCAUCCUCAAGGGCCGGAACCUGCUGCCGCCGGCGCCUGGCAACUCGCGGCUCAACUACACGGUGCUCAUCGGCUCCACGCCCUGCGUCCUCACCGUGUCGGAGACACAGCUGCUGUGCGAGUCGCCCAACCUCACGGGGCAGCACAAGGUCACGGUGCGGGCGGGCGGCUUCGAGUUCUCCCCGGGGAUGCUGCAGGUCUACUCGGACAGCCUACUGACGCUGCCCGCCAUCGUGGGCAUCGGAGGGGGCGGCGGCCUCCUGCUGCUGGUCAUCGUGGCCGUGCUCAUCGCCUACAAGCGCAAGUCUCGCGAUGCCGACCGGACGCUCAAACGGCUGCAGCUGCAGAUGGACAACCUGGAGUCGCGCGUGGCCCUGGAGUGCAAGGAAGCCUUUGCAGAGCUGCAGACGGACAUCCAUGAGCUGACCAACGACCUGGACGGCGCCGGCAUCCCGUUCCUGGACUACCGCACCUACGCCAUGCGGGUGCUCUUCCCGGGCAUCGAGGACCACCCUGUGCUCAAGGAGAUGGAGGUGCAGGCCAACGUGGAGAAGUCGCUGACGCUGUUCGGGCAGCUGCUGACCAAGAAGCACUUCCUGCUGACCUUCAUCCGCACGCUGGAGGCCCAGCGCAGCUUCUCCAUGCGCGACCGCGGGAACGUGGCCUCGCUCAUCAUGACGGCCCUGCAGGGCGAGAUGGAGUACGCGACUGGGGUCCUCAAGCAGCUGCUGUCCGACCUCAUCGAGAAGAACCUGGAGAGCAAGAACCACCCCAAGCUGCUGCUGCGCCGGACUGAGUCAGUGGCCGAGAAGAUGCUGACCAACUGGUUCACCUUCCUCUUGUACAAGUUCCUCAAGGAGUGCGCCGGGGAGCCCCUGUUCAUGCUGUACUGCGCCAUCAAGCAGCAGAUGGAGAAGGGUCCCAUCGACGCCAUCACGGGCGAGGCCCGCUACUCGCUGAGCGAGGACAAGCUCAUCCGCCAGCAGAUCGACUACAAGACGCUGACCCUGAACUGCGUGAACCCUGAGAACGAGAACGCGCCCGAGGUGCCGGUGAAGGGACUCAACUGCGACACCGUGACGCAGGUCAAGGAGAAACUGCUGGACGCUGUGUACAAGGGGGUGCCCUACUCCCAGAGGCCCAAGGCCGGGGACAUGGACCUCGAGUGGCGCCAGGGCCGCAUGGCGCGCAUCAUCCUGCAGGACGAGGACGUCACCACCAAGAUCGACAACGACUGGAAGAGGCUGAACACGCUGGCCCACUACCAGGUGACGGACGGGUCGUCGGUGGCGCUGGUACCCAAGCAGACCUCUGCCUACAACAUCUCCAACUCCUCCACCUUCACCAAGUCCCUCAGCAGAUAUGGCCUGGUCCCCGCAGAGAGCAUGCUGCGCACGGCCAGCAGCCCCGACAGCCUGCGCUCCCGCACGCCCAUGAUCACGCCCGACCUGGAGAGCGGCACCAAGCUGUGGCACCUGGUGAAGAACCACGACCACCUGGACCAGCGCGAGGGCGACCGGGGCAGCAAGAUGGUCUCUGAGAUCUACCUGACGCGGCUGCUGGCCACCAAGGGCACGCUGCAGAAGUUCGUGGACGACCUGUUCGAGACCAUCUUCAGCACCGCGCACCGCGGCUCCGCCCUGCCACUGGCCAUCAAGUACAUGUUUGAUUUCCUGGACGAGCAGGCGGACAAGCACCAGAUCCACGACGCGGACGUGCGCCACACCUGGAAGAGCAACUGCCUGCCCCUGCGCUUCUGGGUGAACGUGAUCAAGAACCCGCAGUUCGUGUUCGACAUCCACAAGAACAGCAUCACGGACGCCUGCCUGUCGGUGGUGGCUCAGACCUUCAUGGACUCCUGCUCCACCUCCGAGCACAAGCUGGGCAAGGACUCGCCCUCCAACAAGCUGCUGUACGCCAAGGACAUCCCCAACUACAAGAGCUGGGUGGAGAGGUACUACGCCGACAUCGCCAAGAUGCCCGCCAUCAGCGACCAGGACAUGAGCGCGUACCUGGCGGAGCAGUCGCGGCUGCACCUGAGCCAGUUCAACAGCAUGAGCGCCCUGCACGAGAUCUACUCCUACAUCACCAAGUACAAGGACGAGAUCCUGGCGGCCCUGGAGAAAGACGAGCAGGCGCGACGGCAGCGGCUGCGGAGCAAGCUGGAGCAGGUGGUGGACACGAUGGCCCUGAGCAGCUGAGCCCUGGCUGGUGACCGGCCGCGGGAGGCGGUCGAGAGGGCGCUGGAGCGGGGACCCCAGGAGACAGCCUCGCCCGCCCCUGCGGAGCACCGGGCGUGGGCUGGGCACGUGGCCAGUGUCCUUCCAGCCUGGCCUGCCCCGCCUCCUGCUGCCCGGCAGGGUCCCAGUUUUUACGGGUGUGGAAGUGACGGUACCUGCCGCGCCACCUCUAUGUCCCGGGCUGCCCGCCCCGGGGCUGGGAGAGCACAGGCUGUCUGGCCCUGCCCAGGGACCCUGGCCACCUGGCACGAGCUGCCCGGUGGCCUUCGUGGAAGAAUGAGGUGGCCUCUGAGUGACCGCGGCCUAAGGCCAGGGCCAUCCAGGAUGAGGGGCAGCCGCCUGACCCGUCUUGCUUGAGGCCAGGAUGAGGGACGAGGGACGUGGACAGCGGCCUGCUGUCACUGGCGGGCAGAGUCCGAGGGUCCCCAGGGCCCAGCUGGCAGCCAGAGGAAGAGGCGGACACCGCGGCCUUCACGUCCAGCCCCCGCGCCCUCUGCACCACCGCCAUGCCAGAUUCACCGCGUGCUGUGCACGGCCGAGCCCGGAGUGCCACGUCCACCUGCCCGCAGAGGCCCGUCCCCUCCCAUGGAGGGGCGCCACGCCCAGCUUCCGAGUGACUGGCGGACGGACUGGUCAGCCCCCGUCCUCAGGGCUGUGCCCCUGGGAGCCGGGCUGGGGCUCCGGUCACAGAGCGCAUGUUCCCUUAUUUAUUCCCUCCUGUCCUGGUCGGCCUCCGGUGGCUGCCCCAGGUGGGCUCCCGAGGGCAGCGGGGGCCGCCUCCUCCCGGCCUCCUCUCCGCCUCCCGCCCCCAGCCCCCACCAAGCAGCUUUCCGACUGGCAUCUGGGCAGCGUCCGGCCCCUCCAGAGCAGGACAUCCGGGGACCGUGGUGACUUUGAAAGAAGAUCAAGAAAUCCUGUUGCACUCUGCUUGGGGGACAAGGGCCAGGGUCGGGCCCCUCUGGCCACCCGGCAGCCUGGAUCCGCUCAGGCUGUGUGCGAGCCCUGGACCAGAGGUGCCCGCGGGACUCAGGGUCAGCUGCUGCCCGCCCCUGCCCUCCGUGAGCGACAGAGAACAAAUUUUUAAUGCAAAAGACCCUGUACAUAUAUAUAUAUCUGUGUAUAUAUAUAUGUGGUUCUAGCCUCAGCCCCAGCCCCAGGGGGUGCUGUACAGUUCUUGGAAGAAGAAAUCGGAAAAGCGAUCUAGAAAAUCAGGGCAGUGGGGAGCGAUGCCAGGGGUGUGGCGGUGGCGGCUGAGCGUCCCCGGAAGGGGGCAGAACUGGGGGCCGCGCCCGGCCCUCUCCAGGGACCGUCUGUUUGCACUCCCGGAAAAAAGGACAGACCCGCUGCUGGUCCCCGAGAGCUUCCAGGGCGCAGGCCCGCGGAUUUGCAUGAUCGUGCUAGCGUUUAGUCUGAGUUGAUCUUUUCAAUCUGCAAGUGUUGAACAUAGAGGUGGUUAGGUCCUUUCUUUUGUUGUUUUUUUUUUUUUAAUUCUUAUUUUAUUUUUUAAAUGAAUUCGUCCCUUGGUAAAAAAGCAGACCAAGCGGCCCGUCCCGUUUUCCAGUCACUUUUUCGAUGGUACUAAAGAUCCUAACGGACUUUAAGGGACAGCUAACUGUGGCCAGACCCAGCCUGGGCACCCAGGACGGGCAGACCCCGUGCCCGCCUCCGGGUCCCUCCCCUCGUCCUCCAGCGUGAGCCAGAGUGGACACCGUGGAGAUCAGACCGGAAGCCGUCCCUUCGCGGGGCUCAGUGUGAAGAGGGUGAACUUCUGUCUCAGGGAGCCCCCCGCGGGGCGCCCCGCAGGGCUGCACCUGGCCCCGCCCGCUCGGCCGCCCUGGCCCCGCCCCCUGUGGGCGGGGCUCGCCAGCCGGAGCCCAGGCUGUCAUUCUGCAGACGGGCGGUCUUCU